AUGUUUAAAUUGCUUAAUCGUCAUGCGCGACGAAGUGGUAUCAUUAAUUUGCUUAACGAAAAAUUUGAGGUUAGGAAAGCUAAAGUAUUUUACUGUUAUGCAUCAGUUGGACGUGUGAGAUUUGCUUCUUCUCUCGGUAAUGAUGCAGGUAAAACUGUACCAUUAGUUGAAAAUAUACCUGAACCACCACCUGUUCCUGAAUCUUCAUCCCUUGGCGAAAUCACAGAGGCCGUUCAAUCAUUGGCUGCAAAUGGUGAACCUACUUUUGCAAGUUUAGGUUUAGGUGGUUGGGGCCCAGUUGGAAUUGUGCAAAAUUGUUUGGAAUAUCUUCACGUUUCGUUAGAUGUGCCCUGGUGGGGUGCAAUUUUGAUAGGUACUGUUUUUGUUCGAGUUGUUAUGUUCCCCUUAGUUAUAAUGUCGCAACGAAAUACUGCAGUAAUGAACAAUCAUUUGCCAGAAAUUCAAGUAUUGCAAUUAAAAAUGACAGAGGCACGACAAACAGGCAAUCAGUUAGAGGCUGCAAGAUAUGCACAGGAAAUGAUGACAUUCAUGAAAGAAAAAGGGUUAAAUCCUUUGAAGAAUAUGCUUGUACCAUUAGCUCAAGCUCCACUGUUUAUUUCAUUUUUUGUAGGCUUGAGAGGUAUGGCCAACUGCCCAGUUGAAAGUAUGAUGCAUGGAGGAUUGUGGUGGUUCACAGAUUUAACAGUACCAGAUCAGUUCUUUUUGCUUCCAUUGAUAACAAGUGCAACUAUGUGGGCUACUAUUGAACUUGGCGUAGAUGGAGGUCGCCUUGAUGCACAGAAUAUGCAGCUUAUGAGAUAUUUUCUUAGAGCAAUACCAGUAAUAAUGAUACCAUUUACAAUAAAUUUUCCAGGAGCUAUUCUUGUAUACUGGUGUUCAAGUAACUUUAUUUCUUUACUACAAGUUGGAAUUCUAAAGUUACCAGCUGUAAGAGAUUAUUUUAAAAUCCCGAGACUCAUCAAACACACUCCAGAGAAUCUGCCAAUAAAGAAAAAAGGUUUUGUUGAAGGAGCUAAAGAUUCCUGGACAAAUAUGAAAAUUUCAAGAGAUUUAGCUGACAGACAAAGAAUUGACGAAAUGAUUUUUACUAAGGCAGGAAAAGGACCUUUGCAGAAAACUUACAAGUAUGAUCCUACUAAGUUAUCCAAUGUGCAAGCAAAACCAAAAUAA